UGUACUGGUUAUAAUUCUAAGUGUAGAGAUAAGUAACCAUUUCACAUGAUCAUGAAUGCUUCUAAAUUUACAGAUAACAACUUCAAUCUUCAACAGCACCAAUCUCUCAUAACUUGUUGUUAUCAAUAGGGUCUUAAUUUAGGGUUCCAAAUUUAGCUUAGCUUAAAUAUUUGAUAGUGCGACCCGUCAGUAUAAAUUUUUUUCAUUUGUGACUCAAAUUUAAAUGAACAAAUUUUUUUAAUUUAACCAGAUCAAUCAAAGUUAGUUUCACCAUCAGUUAUCAUCAUCAUGUCCGUUGAACUUUCGCCUGAAGAGCAAUACAGAUGGAUCACCAAAGACUUACAAGAAGUCUUAAAUGCUCAAAUCAUUAAAGAUGUAUUGGAAAAGGAAAAGAGACCAUUAAGACUCUACUGGGGUACUGCUCCAACUGGUAAACCACAUUGUGGAUAUUUUGUACCAAUGAUUAAAUUAGCUCAUUUCUUAAAGGCUGGGUGUGAAGUUACUAUUCUUUUAGCUGAUUUACAUGCCUUUUUAGAUAAUAUGAAAGCUCCAUUAGAAGUAGUUCAAUAUCGUGCUAAAUAUUAUGAAUUUGUGGUUAAAUCUAUUUUAACAUCUAUUAAUGUUCCAAUUAAUAAAUUAAAAUUCACUACUGGUUCAUCUUAUCAAUUAGGUGAAAAAUAUACUUUAGAUAUUUUUAAAUUAUCCAAUAUUGUCUCUCAAAAUGAUGCUAAAAGAGCUGGUGCCGAUGUGGUUAAACAAGUUUCUAAUCCAUUAUUAUCAGGAUUGAUUUAUCCAUUAAUGCAAGCUCUUGAUGAAGAACAUUUAGGAGUUGAUGCUCAAUUUGGUGGUGUUGAUCAAAGAAAAAUCUUUGUUUUAGCUGAAGAAAACUUACCAAGUCUUGGUUAUAAAAAGAGAGCUCAUUUAAUGAAUCAUAUGAUUCCAGGUUUAGGUCAAGGUGGUAAAAUGAGUGCUUCAGAUCCAAAUUCUAAAAUUGAUAUUAUUGAAGAUCCAAAAGUAGUAAGAAAGAAGGUUAAUAGUGCUUAUUGUGCUCCAGGUGAUAUAAAAGAUAAUGGGUUAAUUGCUUUCCUUGAAUUUGUUGUUCAACCAAUUCAAGAAUUAUUAGCUGAUAAAGAAGGUGUAUUCAAAUUAGAAAUAAAUAGACCUGAAAAAUAUGGUGGUCCAAUUACUUAUACUUCAAUUGAUGAAUUAAAAGCUGAUUAUGAAAGUGAAAAAUUAUCUCCAGUUGAUCUUAAAUCAGGUGUAGCUGAAAGAAUUGUUGAUUUAUUGGCUCCAAUCAGAACCCAAUUCGAUGCUAGUCCUGAAUUCCAAGCUGCUCAAAAGAAUGGUUAUCCUGAAGUGAAUCCAAAAGGUGAAAAGAAAGUGAAAAAGUCUAAAGAUAAAGGUUCAAGAUAUCCUGGUGCUGGUAAAAGUGAAUCUCCAGCUCCAGAAACUGCUCCAGCUUCUGCCACUGAAACUAUCACUGAAACCUUAGAAUAUACUAAACUAGAAUAGAUUAAUCUUACAAUCUUUAUAGAAUCUUUUAUACUUAGUUUAUAGAAUCUACUUAUAUAUAUAUACUUAACUUGUCUUAACUAUGUGCGUGCAUGUACCAAUUCUAUAGCCAAUCAAUUCAUGCUCAAAAUUGU